CUGUCGCGGCGGCGGUUUGGAGUGAGGGUAGCACGCUGAGCUGAAGACUGUGUGGACAGUCUCAGCCCGGAGCCUGGAAACUAUCCCAUUUCUGGUGGGAAUCCCGUGCUGGUUUAGGUCUGACUUCCUGGGGGAUGGAUCGGGUAUGGAGUGCAUGGUGCGGAAAGUGCGUCAAAGAAAAAAGAUCGACGCCACCCUUGGCCCAGAGCAUCGUCGUCGCCUGGCUCAGCAAGGCUGAAUGGGACCAGGUGACGGUCUAUUUGUUCUGUGAUGACCAUAAGUUGCAGCGGUAUGCGCUGAACCGCAUCACGGUGUGGAGGAGCAGGUUAGGCAACGAACUGCCCCUGGCAGUGGCUUCUACUGCUGACCUGAUACGCUGUAAGCUCAUGGAUGUAACUGGUGGCUUGGGCACUGAUGAACUUAGACUGCUCUAUGGCAUGGCAUUGGUCAGGUUUGUGAAUCUUAUCUCUGAAAGGAAGACAAAGUUAACCAAGCUCCCCCUCAAGUUCCUGGCUCAGGAGGUGAACAUUCCUGAUUGGAUUGUUGAACUUCGCCAUGAAUUGACACACAAGAAAAUGCCUCAUAUAAAUGACUGUCGCAGAGGCUGCUACUUUGUCCUGGAUUGGCUCCAGAAGACCUACUGGUGCCACCAACUGGAGAACAGCCUGAGACACACCUGGGAGUUGGAGGAGGACAGGGCAGACAUGGAAGAAGACCAAGAGGUAGAUAAGAACAUUGGUGUUGAUGACAUCGCAGAACAGAGACCAGAGCCUCAGGACCAUGGCAAAGGUACAGAGUUGGAUGUCAAAACUGAUGGAGACAGUAAAGGCAGUGAAGAGGUGGAUUCUCAUUGGGAAAAGGCUCUGCGACAUAAGGAGUUGUAUGAGAGAGCCCGGGAAUUGCUAGUAUCAUAUGAAGAGGAGCAAUUUAAGGUGCUGGAGAAAUUUAAGCAUUUACCUCAGGCCAUUAAGGCAUGGAAUAAUCUGUCUCCACGUGUAGAAAGCAUCUUGGCAGAGCUCAAAGGCAUUGCUUGGGAGAACAGGGAUGCUGUGCUGGAUGCUUUUCUGGAUGAUGGCUUCCUUGUUCCCACAUUUGAGCAGUUGGCAGCUUUGCAGAUAGAGUAUGAAGAUGGCCAUGCUGAGGUCCAGAGAGGGGAAGGUACUGAUGCAAAGUCACACAAAAAUGUGGACUUGAAUAACGUCUUGGUACCAAAGCCAUUCUCUCAGUUCUGGCAGCCCCUGCUCAGGGGCCUGCAUUCCCAGACCUUCAUGCAGGCCCUGCUGGAGAGGAUGUUCUCUGAGCUGCCAGCCUUGGAGGACAGUGGGAUCCGGCCCACCUACAUCCUUAGAUGGACCAUUGAACUGAUCGUGGCCAACACUAAGUCCGGACCGAAUGCUCAUCGAUUUUCUGCAAGCCAGCGGGAAGCAAGAAGGACCUGGAGGCUAUUCAACUGCUCUGCCUCCCUUGACUGGCCCCAGGUGGUUGAGUCCUGCUUGGGCUCACCUUGCUGGGCAAGCCCCCAACUCCUUCAGCUUGUCUUCAAAGCCAUGGGACAGGUCCUGCCAGAUGGCGAACAGGAGAAGUUGCUGCGCAUCUGUUCCAUUUAUACUCAGAAUGGAGAAAACAACUUGCCGAAGGAGGGCUCAGAGUCCUUCCACAGUGAGAAGUCUCCAUACACACUGGACAGCUUGUAUUGGAGCCUCAAACCAGCUAGUUCCAGUUGUGGGUCUGAAGGAAAGGCCCAGCAGCAGAGGGAGCUGGGGAGUCCUAAUCAUGAUAAUCAAAAAGAGAAGGAGGAGAAAAAGGCCCUGCAAGACCAAAUGGAGGGAGAGGAAGAAGAGGAAGAUGAUGACUUGGAAGAGGAAGAUAAAGAUGAUGAUGAAGAUGAUGAUGACGAUGACGAUGAUGAUGAUGAUGAUGAUGAAGAGGAAGACAGAAUGGAAGUGGGACCUUUCUCUACUGUGUAUGAGUCGCCUGCUGUUGAGAAUGCCAGGCUUGUGGCCCAGAAAAGAGGAGCUUUGGAGGGCUCUGCAUGGCAGGUUAGCUCAGAAGAUGUACGAUGGGACACAUUCCCCUUAGGCCGCAUGCCAGGUCAGACUGAGGACCCAGCAGAGCUUAUGCUGGAGAAUUAUGACACCAUGUAUCUUUUGGACCAGCCUGUGCUAGAGCAGCGGCUGGAACCCCCAUUGUGCAAGACUGGCUGCAGGAGUAUGACCAUGGAUCUGCCGGAGGGGAGUGAUGAUAGCUUUGCGGAUCCAGCUGGAAGAACCUUUGAUCUACAGGAAGCAAGAGUAUUCUGAGCUGGGCCAGAGAGAAGAGAGGCACCCUGGGCCUAAGUUGUGGUGUCGGCAGUGGCAAUUGCAGCAACAGCAGCAGCAACUUGGAGGGCCUUCUCUGGAGCCAGGGGCAGCUGCAUGGGCUCAAAACUGGCCUGCAGCUAUUCUGAUGCCUGCGUUAAUGCAAGUGUUCAUCCAUCCCUGCCAGAGCAACAGCCCACCCCAGAGUGCACCUGAUCUUCCAUGAUACAAUCUGGGAGACAGCCCAGAUCAGCACAUCAACUCAGCUUUCUACCACAAUAGAAUUUGGAAUGAUUUUUCCCUUUUAUUUUGUUUUGAAAAACAAUAAAGAGACAACUGUAGUUUUGA